AAGCGAAAAAGUUCAAUAUUUUGGUGCGGAGACAGUACAAAGUGGCAGCAGGAAAAAUCGAAUUUUCCGCCGGAAAAGUGUAACAAUUGCGGGCAAUUGAUAGUGAAAAACCAUGUUGAGUUUAUACUGAAAGUGCACGCGUCGGCAGCGAAUGGCUAGCGGUACGCGAAAAAGCGGAAGUGCAGUGUGAAAGUGGUGUGGUAGCAGUCUCAGUCCGAAACGCAGAAGAAUAGUAGGUACCUACCUAGGCAGAAGAGAAGGAGGUGCACUGCAGGAAAAAAAAAAGUGUUUCUUUCGGAUCUUGCUCGUGUCUCCCGUUUCGUUGCGGUGCUGUUUACCUGGCAGCAGCAGCAGGCUGCUGUGCUGUGCCCCCCAGCUGAGCCACCGAAGAAACCGCAAAGACAACGAUCACUGCUGCGCGAUCAGACGACGCCAGCAGAAGACUACAAAAAAGCGCAGCUCGCCUCGCACGAGCAGAAAGUCGGGAAAAGUAGGACAAAAUCGUUUUCACUAUCGGGCGACCGACCACCGAUCGGAUUAGAUUUUGUCCAAGUGUCCACGACGUCUGGCGUUAGAAUAUGUCUCUAGUGGACACGUUAAAGGAACUGUACAAGUUCAGUGUAAUAGACUAUGGCGUGUUCGCGUCGAUGCUGAUCCUUUCGGCGGCCUGUGGGAUCUAUUUUGGCUUCUUCAAGCGCACCGUGAAUCAAACGCCGGACACCAGCGAUGACGAGUGUGGUCCCAGUCACGGGAGCACCAGUAAUGGAAAUGCCAAACGAAUCACCAGUUUCGGGUCGUCUUCGAUGGACGAGUACCUGCUGGGAUCGAGGAAGUUGAAGGCUUUUCCCGUGGCAAUGAGUCUGGUGGCGGGCUACAUCUCCGGGGUGACAAUCUUGGGAACACCUGCGGAAAUUUACAACUUCGGUACGCAGUAUUGGUUGAUAGUUGUGCCAAUAUUGCUGAUGGGCGUGGCGGUGUGCACCAUCUAUCUUCCGGUGUUUUGUUCCUUAAAGCUGAAUUCAUCAUAUGAGUACCUCGAGCUGCGGUUCAACUCAUCGGUGCGGUCAAUAGCUUCUGUGAUGUUUGUGCUGGACGAGUUAUUUUUCCUGCCUAUGAUAAUCUACGUCCCGGCGUUGGCGUUCAAUCAAGUUACUGGAUUCAAUCUCUACAUCAUUGGAGCCAUAGUGUGUGUAGUGUGCAUAUUUUACACUUUGCUGGGUGGUAUCAAAGCUGUCGUUUUCACCGAUGCGUGGCAGGUUGUGGUGAUGUUUAUUUCCGUUGUGAUUGUCGUCAUUCUUGGCACGAUCAGCAUCGGCGAUCCGGAGAUCAUUUGGCAACGAGCGGAGCUGGGUGGUAGAAUCGACUUUUUCAACAUUAACGCAUCGAUGUACGAGAGACAAACUUUCUGGGGUGUCCUCAUAGGAGGAUUCUUCUACUGGACGUCGUUCAAUUCGGUCAACCAAACCAUGGUGCAGCGCUACAUGUCAUUGCCGAAUUUGAAGAAAGCGAAAUUAUCCAUCGGUAUGUUCACCAUAGGAAUGGGCGUUUUCGUAUCCGUGUGUUGCUAUGCUGGACUGCUGAUCUAUGCUCACUAUUACCAGUGUGAUCCCACGACUCUGGGGUUAGUCAAGACUGACGAUCAGCUGUUUCCCCACUAUGUAAUGGAGAUUGUUGGUCAUCUGCAAGGAAUACCCGGAUUGUUCAUCGCUGGCGUGUUUGGUGCUGCUCUUAGUUCCUUGUCUGUGGUGUUAAACUCUACCUCUGCUGUGUUAUUGGAAGAUAUUCUUAAAGGAUUGUUCCGUGUUAAUCCUAGUCCUAGGGUAGCUAAUAUCUUUGUGAGAAGUUGCGUUGUAGUGCUUGGACUCGCAGCCAUGGGCUGCCUAUUUAUUAUAGAAAAAUUAGGAGGAAUCUUGAGCGUUGCCACGUCCCUAUCAGCCAUUGCUGCAGGAACAACCUGCGGGAUAUUUACUCUCGGAAUGCUGGUGCCCUGGAGCAAUUCCAAGGGAGCUCUGUCUGGUGGAAUCGCCGGUGCACUCCUAUCUGGUUGGGUAUCGCUAGGAGCACAAUAUGCCAGCGCCAACGGUGCAAUCGUACCGCACAAAUUACCAGUAUCGGUGGACGGAUGUUCAGCUGAUAUGCUCAAUAACGGCACAUACAUCGAUCCUGUAUAUCCCGAUGAAUCUGAUGUUUUCUUCCUGUACCGCUUGUCAUAUCAUUGGAUCACACCCAUUGGUGUCAUAACAGUUAUGGUUAUCGGAACGCUCGUAUCUUUCCUGACUGAACCCAGAAAUUUAAAGGAUAUUGAUCCAGAACUGAUUUCACCAGUCAUUCAUCGGUUCCUACCACAAGAAUCAUUCGGAAACUUUGGAUCUGCUAGCAAGGAUGUACCAGUGCAUAUUAGCGAAGACACUUCAUACGGUGUGGAACGUCUGAGUGCCAAAAAGAAACGAGCUCCCUGAAGGAAGGAUCUGCAUCACCACCAAGAGACAGGAUUCCAGUUACUUAAUGCAUUCGUCGUGUGCAGUAAUGGACUUAAUGAAAUGAGUAGGGCUUCGUUACCCGAUGGAUGUCAUCCGAUCCAACCGUGUAAUCUCCUGAAGAUGAUAUUGCGAUUUGCAAUGGGAUUUCGUGUGUGUAUGUGCGCGUGUGGGAUUGUGUGCUGCUCAGUUUGCAGGGAGCAAAAGGAUUUCUCAGUUUUAUUAUGUAUGUAUAUUGAUGUAGGAGGGCGACGUUUCUCUGGAACGUGUACCGGACGGAGCUCGAAGGAAGUUUGAGCGCCAUGCUGCAAUUGUAGGUACAAAUGUGCUAACAUUUCUGUAACUGCCUGUGAUACAAUCAAAAGAAUUGUUUAGUUUUUAGGUAGCGUAUCAUUGUAAUUAAUAUAUUAGAGAACUUUGAACGUAUAACAAACUAUUAGAUUGAAUAAAUCUUUUUAAA